GGCAACUGAAGUUUAUCAUCCUCUAUUUCAGUUGGGCUCACGGCAGGGCUCAACUCAUGAUGUUUCAAUCCUAAUCCUGUCCAUGUGCUUUCUCAUACCUGUAACCAAGGACAGAUACCACCAUGGCAUAUGCCUAUCUAUUCAAGUACAUCAUCAUCGGCGAUACUGGGGUGGGCAAAUCAUGCCUAUUACUGCAAUUUACUGACAAGAGGUUCCAGCCUGUACAUGACCUCACCAUUGGUGUGGAAUUUGGGGCCCGUUUAGUAUCCAUCGAUGGCAAGCAGAUCAAGCUCCAGAUCUGGGAUACAGCUGGGCAAGAAUCCUUUCGCUCCAUCACAAGAUCCUAUUACCGGGGAGCUGCUGGAGCCCUGCUGGUGUAUGACAUCACCCGGAGAGAUACCUUCAAUCACCUGACAACAUGGCUGGAAGAUGCUCGUCAGCAUGCCAACGCCAACAUGGUCAUCAUGCUGAUUGGGAACAAAAGUGAUCUGGACAUCAGACGAGAAGUAUCAAAGGAAGAAGGGGAAGCUUUUGCCCAAGAACAUGGACUCAUCUUCAUGGAAACCUCAGCGAAGACAGCAGUCAACGUAGAAGAUGCUUUCAUCAGUACAGCUAGGGGGAUUUAUGAGAAGAUCCAGGAAGGCGUCUUUGAUAUGAGUAAUGAGACCAGUGGCAUUAAGAUAGGUCCUCAGCAUGUUGGGGCUGCUCCUACACAUGCCGGGAAUCAGGGAGUACCACGUUCAGGAGGAGGUUGCUGCUGAAUAGAUGUGAACUUAAAAGGAAGCCCAAAUGAAGUCAGCCAAGUUUAUAUGUCAUCAUCUCUACCAAGGUCCAGCUAGAAGUAAGCAAGUGGUUUUAAGACUUAAGGACUCUCUCCUAAAAAAUUCUUCCACAACUUUGAAUAAAUGUUAACUUAAAGGAGACUGUAUUAAUAUAUGUUUAGUCAACUGAUGUGAACAUUUUAAACACCUUGCGCCCUUGAAAUAUAUUCAACACUAAAAGUUACCUGAGAAUUUGAUACCAGUCUGUUUAGCAGGUUUUCCACGUACCUCUGCUGACUUGAUGUUUAUAAGAUCUCAGCUUUACAGCUAGCAGGGACAUCAAAUGUUAUUAAUUCAGUAGCAUAAUUUUAAAGAAGAGACCGGAGAAGUCCAAAGAGGUUAAAUUCCUCCCCCUCUUAAAAAAAAGGAAUUAAGUGGAAAGAGUAAAGCUGCCAAGCCAAGGCCUCUUAAUUCUGGACCUGGUGUGUUUCCCACUGAAGCACAGCUUGUACAACUUCUUCAAAAGUAUGUUGACUUUCAAGGUUUUGCUGUCUGCAGAGACUGUUCAGUAAGCUGCUUAAGUCUUUUUUUUUCCCUUUUGGAAUUCUUUGACUCAUUUACAUGAAUUUUGUCUGUACGCUUCCAGGAGCAUUAAUGGGGACUGGAUAGAAAGUGAAAUAGAAACCUGUUAAAGCUGUCUGCCGUGUUUAUCAUCUUGUCACUAUCCAAAUCCUAGGCACCUGCCCCUACUCUGUGUCUAGAAGUUCCAUCUAAGGAUGGGUGCGGUAACAGGCUCUAACGCCUAGUGUUUUCUGUUCCUACAGUUUGUGUAACACUCCUUGAGAAAUGUUUUCAUUGUCUGCCUUGAUGAAUACUCUCUGUAAAAGCAUAAUAAAGAGUGACAAAUAACAACCAAAUAACAUGAUGCAUUCAAAUGGCACCCAGAGGAAUAAAUUUUCAAAUGGUA